CCGGGGAGCAGGAACUGGUUCGUUCGCCUGGCCGGUGUCGCUGCUGCUGCAACACUUACAACCUACGGAGGAGAACGGGCUGACCGACACGGUUCACGACUAAUUUUGGUGGAAUAACGCGGCACCGAGCUGCUUUUACGCAUUUUCACAGGCUUUGAUACUUGCAGAGCACAGCCUCUUAGCCAAUGGCAAGUCCUGUUGCAGACAUCGGACCGUCUCAUCAGCAUCACCCUGUGACCGAGUCGGCCGCAGACUCCGCGUUUCAGGAGGCGCAGAAAUGGAUUGAGGCUGUGACAGGAAGAUGCUUUGGUGACAAGGAUUUCAGAGGAGGUUUGGAGAACGGAAUACUGCUAUGCGAGUUGCUGAGCUCUAUUAAACCUGGCCUGGUGAAGAAAAUUAACAGACUUCCAACACCCAUAGCUGGCCUGGACAACCUGAGUGUGUUUCUGCGUGGCUGUGAGGAGUUGGGACUGAAAGGCUCCCAGCUGUUUGACCCCGGAGACCUGCAGGACACGUCGACACGCCCCGCCGCCAAGGGGAGUGACUGCAGCCGAAAACUCAAGAAUGUUCUAAUCACCAUCUACUGGUUGGGUCGUGCUGCCAACGGCUGUACCUCCUACAACGGGCCCACACUGGACCUGAAAGAGUUUGAGGGCCUGCUGUCACAGAUGCGAAAGGAGGCGGAGGAGGCAGAGAGCCCUAAACGAAACAUCCGGGACAGUGGCUACAUCGACUGCUGGGACUCUGAGCGCAGCGACUCUCUCUCCCCGCCACGCCACGGCCGCGAAGACUCGUUCGACAGUCUGGACUCCUUCGGCUCACGCUCACGACAGACCCCGUCGCCAGACGUCCUGGUCGCCCGCGGCAGCAGCGAUGGCCGCGGCAGUGACUCAGAGUCCGACGGUCCCCCCCACAGGAAACUGCCAGACGUCCGUAAGGAUGACAUGUCGGCACGUCGGACGUCCGUCAGUGAGCCACGAACCGCCAUGCCCUUCAACCAAUACCUGCCCAACAGGAGCAACCAGAGUGGAUAUGUGCCAAUGCCGCUCCGCAAGAAGAAAAACGAUAAAGAGGAGGGAGGACGCAAGAGUUGGAGUACUGCCACUUCCCCUAUAGGGGGAGACAGACCAUUCAGUACUCCAGCACGCUCGUGCUCAGAGGAACUCUUCCACCAUUCGACGACUCUAGCUGCAAAUGCUACCGCGACCCCCUCGGUUGCACUAAGUCCCGUCAUCACAUCCGGAAAACAUCCACCUUUGACGGAGCAGGAGGAGGCAGCUGUGAGGAAGGGGGUCACUGGUGCCCUGUUGGUCGCAGAAGCAGAGGGAGAUGAGAAGCGGGGCCGCCAAGCCCUGGCCUCUCCCAAACACAUCACCACUCUAAGUCCCUCCCACUUCCUUCCUGUGCCCGCUGCCGUAGCAACCACGACAACAGCAUCGGCCGAUACAGGCCAACGGAAGGGAAGGGCGCGGAGUGAAAGUGAGGACCCACAAGGAGGGACAUCGUGGUUGGACAGCAGUCUCCCAGCAACAUUCAGCCGCUCACAUAGUGUGUCAGAUGACCCACAAAGUGUGAGUAUGAUCGACAUGCGUGGUGAGGAGGAGGCCAGUUUACAGCCCCACAGUCAGGUGCGUCAUGAACUGAUGCACAACCAGUACAACAAGAUGAAGGAAGAGGAUGAUCACUGGCAGGACGACCUGGCCCGAUGGAAAAAUCGAAGGAGGAGUAUUUCCCAGGACCUAAUCAAGAAGGAGGAGGAGAGGAAGAUGAUGGAGCAGUUGAUGUCAGGAGACACCAUCGAGAGGAGGAGGAGAAGCAUCAAGACUUACAGAGAGAUAGUGGAGGACAAGGAGCGUCGUGAGGAGGAUCUACGCAAUGCGUACAGAAGAGCCAGAACCCCAGAGGAGGCAUCAGCCAUCCUCCAGCGUUACGCCCAGCGUUUCUCCAUCAGUGAAACAGUCCUUGAACGCCUGCAGCUGCCAAAGCUCCUGGACCGCAGCAUAUCUGCCGAUCCCUCCUUUCCCUGCUCACCCUUCCCUCUCUCCCCCUCCCUGUCCGCCUCCCCAACGACCCCAGACCCCUUCGACAUGGACCCCAACGGGCCCAUGAGAUAUCUGCGCCAGCAGUCUGCCCCUGCUCCAAAGUUCACAUCCACACUAGAGGCGCGAAUCGAGGAGUUUCCAAAAGACUCCUCACACCAACGGCCCCAGAUCCGCUCUCGCUCGUCUGAGCCGCCAUCCACCCGAGGCCUGUCGCCCAAACCGGUGCCUUUGGUGACACCCAAGCCUUACUUCCAGUCUCGACCCACAGCGGCUGAACCAUGUCCCAGCAAGGCGGAUGGUUUGCUCCGAGUCAACGGCGACAUAGGAAAUGUUGAUGCUCCCACCACGCCUGAGAGUCAAGGAAGGGAAUCUCCUCCUCGUUUCCAGGCAUCCCCUUCCCACACCAGCAACAGCACUGUAGCUGCUCCCUCGUCAGCAGCCUCGCCCACACACAGUCCACACGCCUCGACUAGAGGAGAAAGCCCUGUGUCAACAAAGGCCGAGGAGACACAAAGUGGCACAGAACCGGCUUCUAAGGACGUCCAUGAAGAGAAAGUCGUCGAGCAUUCAACACCACCCAGUCGGCCAACCUCGCUCCCAUCGGAGCUGCAGAAGCCAGAAGAAAGCUUUGGGAAGACAAGAAGCCAGUCAGGAGCUGCUCCAGAGGAGAAGUCUAGUACUGCAGCUCAUCAAAUGCCACCUGCAGAAGCCAAACAAGAACAAGAAAAAACUGAAAAUGAACUGAUCUCCAACCUUGUCCAGUCAGGAGUCAGCACACAGCAAAGUCAGCCAGUAACUUUAAAGGCGAAUGUUCCCCGCUCCCAUGAGACAUCACAGGAAAGAGAGAAUGCACCAAGCUUAUCCACACCAGGAGCAUUUGGAUAUCACCCACCAAUGGAAGUAACAGCAGAGUUUGCAAACAGUAUCAGGUCUCCACUGGCAACCAGCAACCCUAAGUUACGCUGGGACUUCUUCGCUCCGCCAGAGGAGAUGGAGAAGGACCGCCGUGGAAACGUGUCAGUCCCGGUGUUGCCUCAGGCCAGACGGGGUGACCGCUGGUCUUGGGACCCGGAUGAGGAGCGAAAGCGUCAGGAAAGGUGGCAGCAAGAGCAGGAGCGCAUGCUGCAGGAGAAGUACCAGCGCGAGCAGGAGAAGCUGAAGGAGGAGUGGGAGAAAGCACAGAGGGAGGUGGUGGAGGAGGAGAGGAAGUACCACGAGGAGGAGCGUAGGAUACUGGAGGAAACAGUGACCCCUCUGACACCCCGCUCCUCAGCCCUGCCGUCCCCGAGCCGAGGGGAGCUCUCCUUCACCUCAGAGCCCCAGGACACCAUCGUCCGUUCGCUGGCCGACUGGGAACGCAAGCAGGAACUCCUGGAGAGGCAGUCGAGGGGGAGCACAGAGAGUGUGGAGUGGAAACGGAGAGAAAAUGACAGGACCAGUGACAUCAGCACCGCUGACGACAGCAUGAAAACAGGCAGAAGCUCGAUGAGUCAGCCCAGCGGCCAGGCAGAGGCUCUCGGUCACAGUCUGCAGAACGGCCAAAAACCUUCCCAGAUGCCUGCCAAAACCUCGACCCCAGUGAAGAAACAACAAGAGCCCCCAGCAGACAGCAACAAGCCGAGCCGGCCUGCAGGAGACAGGAGGAUUGGUCCCAUUGAUAAUAACAUGGGCCGCAGCUCAUCAAAAGCCCCUGCAGCAUGUACACCACCUCCAGACACACUGCCUCCAACACCCAACAGGUCUGUCAGUGGGAAGAAGCUGUGCUCCAGCUGUGGGCAGCCGUUAGGGAAGGGGGCGGCCAUGAUCAUAGAGACCCUCAGUCUCUACUUCCACAUUCAAUGCUUUAAGUGUGGGGUGUGUAAGGGACAGUUAGGCGACACGACCACGGGGACGGACGUCCGGAUCAGAAACGGCCUCCUCAACUGCCAUCAGUGCUACAUCCGCUCCCGCUCGGCCGGACAGCCAACCACGUUGUGACGCUCGACAGAAAAGCACAAGGUUCAUGGAAGAAACCCCAUCCCCGUUUUAACCCGAUUAUCUGCAAAUCAUGUCCUUCACAGCGUGUCGGGAUCUUUGCAUCCUCUGCAGUUCAGUAACCAAUGAAGAUUCAUCAUGGGGGCCAAGCAUGGAUCUGGGGAUAGUCUUAAAAAAAAGAAAAGAAAAAAAAAAACAUUCUCCGUGUUUAUGUCAUCUGAUAUGUGAGUGAAAUCUGGAUUUGAUUGGUCCACGUACCUCCACAGACUCUGUUUCAUCAUGCAGCCAGAGAGAGAGAAGGAGACUGUUGUGGGGUGACGGCCAUGUUGAAAAGAAAACACAAUAACAUUUACAGAUGCUUCAAACACGCGCAGGCUAUGUUAACGUCCAAUACUGUCAGAGUGAACACGCAAAAAGAAAAUAUGGUGUUUAAGUCUUGGUAAAGUGGAAUCAGAUUCUGUUCUCCCAGUAGAAAAAAAUGAGAAUAUUUACCAUUCAGUUCCAUAUAAUGGAAAUGCAGUACAUCACAUAGUUAAUGAAUCUCUUUUUUUUAUCAUUUAAGAAAGAUUUUCUUAAAUUUGAGUGAUCAAAAUGCAAAAACUGGAAAAAAAAAAACUGAAUAUGUGGUGAGGCAGCUGAAUUUGGAUUUUUUAAUUUGUCUUAAGAGGCUGGAUCUAAAAAAUGUUAAUGAUCUCAUACCCCAUCAAUGGAGUACUAGAAUAGAACAAAAUAACAUAUAGAAACUUCAUAAAAAGCACUCAAGGUCACUAUAAACCCACUAUUUACAUCCACAGACACAAAAUAUACAGUAAGUAACUUUUUUUAUUCUUUGGCCCUGACAGUGACCACCUGUCUCUCUACUCGUGUGCUCUAGAAUAAAAUUAGCCUCUUUUUAAACACAUAUUAUGGAUGUAGGUUCAUUAUUAGGGCAAUAACAGGACUUGUGAGCUGUUUCUGUGCUUUUGGGUCACAGCAGGUUGCUCCUCGGCCAGCCUGUCCACUUGGAAAGUCAGGACUUCAAUGUGCCUUAGGAAAGCAAGGUGAUGCAGGAAGAAAAACGCCAACUGUAUGGUGUUUUAUUUCUCUUUGUCUUUUAGUUUUUGGGGUGUAGGGAGGGAUUUUGGCCAAAUUUGAACCCUUAAACUGCAGACAGACAGACUGCAGCCCUCCCUUACAUCGCGCUUUACUUCAGUUGAUAAGUACUGUUUAUUUUACAUAAACGACACCCUUAAUUCCACGUUUCCGCCUGUGAUUCCUCAGUGAUUUGCAGUGAUAAAUACCAGAGGAAUACAUAAGUUGUCUAUUUGGAAAAAUACACAGUAUGGAGUAUAUAUACUGUGGGGGAAACCAUUGAUUUAAUUUUGAAUGUUGUUUUAUUCUAGGGCGAUAUAGAUUUCUGUAUGCUAUUAAUUGAGAUAAUUUUGAUAAUUGCUCAGUGGUAGGAUUCAUUAAUAAAAAAAAAUAAAAAAAAAAACACGCAAAAAUCACCAGUACACUUACAUCUAGUUAAA